CCUGCCGUCUGCAUCCCGUUGUUGCUGGGAGAGCAUGGCACGGCUCCAGGACCCCUGUGCUCACACAGGAGAGAAGUGAACGAAUGAGAGAAGGAGAGAGAGAGAGAGAGAGAGAGAGAGAGAGAGAGAGAGAGAGAGAGGCAAGAGAGAGAGGCAAGAGAGAGAGAACGGAAAGAGGUACAGUUUGGCUGUUUCACGACUGUCACAGCUACCUGAGCACUGCACUGCACUGUUUUUGAGUUUCAGUCACACACUCUCUCACACAUAAACAGGAGAGAAAAGAGGAAAAAAGAAAGGAUGACGGCUGGUCUCUCGCAGCUGUGGGUGCACAUGUGAAUGAAGAAAGAGGAAACCUCGGUCACGUCCUGGGUUCCACCACAUCGCAACCUCUCUCUUCUCGGCUGUUGCGUCUUCCCCACCACUUACACUUAAGAGGGAUUAAACUUUUUUUUUUUUUUUUUUUUUUGCCACAUCCGGAACUCCGAGAGUCUCUGACAUGGAGUCUCCCACCAAAGAGAUUGAGGAGUUUGAAAGCACGGCCCUGAAGUACCUCCAGCCGGAACAGAUUGAAAAGAUUUGGCUCAGGCUCCGGGGACUGCGCAAGUACAAGAAGACGUCCCAGAGAUUAAGAUGUCUGGUGAAGCAGUUGGAGAGAGGAGAGGCUUCCCUCACUGACCUCAAGAAAAACCUAGAGUAUGCGGCGUCGGUGCUGGAAUCCGUUUACAUCGAGGAGACGAGACGUUUGGUGGACACAGAGGAUGAGCUCAGCGACAUCCAGUCAGAGUCGGUGCCGUCAGAGGUGCGGGACUGGCUGGCUUCCACCUUCACCCGCCAGAUGGGCCUGAUGUUGCGACGCAAUGAAGAAAAACCUCGCUUCCGCAGCAUCGUCCACGCCGUUCAGGCUGGCAUAUUUGUUGAGAGGAUGUACCGACGCACCUCCAAUAUGGUGGGACUCAGCUACCCCCCUUCUGUCAUAUCUGUGCUUAAGAAUGUUGACAAGUGGUCGUUUGACGUGUUCGCUCUAAAUGAGGCCAGUGGGGAUCACGCGCUUAAAUUCAUAUUCUACGAGUUGCUUACACGAUACGACCUCAUUAGCCGCUUCAAGAUCCCGAUCUCCGCAGUGGUGUCAUUUGUGGAGGCCCUGGAAGUGGGAUACAGCAAACAUAAAAACCCCUACCACAACCUGAUACACGCUGCAGAUGUCACACAGACUGUACACUAUUUGCUACUCAAGACCGGCAUGGUGCAUUGGUUGACUGAGCUGGAGAUCUUCGCCAUGAUCUUUGCGGCAGCGGUGCACGACUACGAGCACACGGGGACCACAAACAACUUCCACAUUCAGACAAGGUCAGACACAGCAAUCCUGUAUAAUGACCGCUCAGUGUUGGAGAGUCACCAUGUCAGCGCAGCCUACCGCCUACUGCAAGACGACGACGAGAUGAACAUCCUCUACAACCUCUCCAAGGAUGACUGGAGAGAGCUGCGGGCUCUGGUGGUGGAGAUGGUGCUGGCCACAGAUAUGUCCUGCCAUUUCCAGCAGGUUAAGGCCAUGAAGAACUUCCUACAACAACCUGAGGGCAUUGACAAGCCCAAAGCCCUGUCCCUGCUGCUGCACACGGCAGACAUCAGCCACCCGGCCAAAAGCUGGGACCUCCACCAUCGCUGGACCACCUCCCUUCUUGAGGAGUUCUUCAGACAGGGGGACAAAGAAGCAGAGCUCGGGCUGCCGUUCUCUCCGCUCUGUGACCGAAAGUCCACUAUGGUGGCACAGUCUCAGAUUGGGUUCAUAGACUUCAUUGUCGUGCCCACCUUCACUGUGCUGACAGACAUGAUGGAGCGUAUCGUCACACCGCUCAUUGAUGAGGCUUCCCAUUCAGGGUUUGCUGGCUUUCGACGCUCGAGUCUGAACAGUAUUAGCUCAGAUGAAGCCAAAAGGCACAGUGUGAAGAGCAUGGGCUCGGACAGCAGCUCAUCAGGCCAAAGCUCUCUGCUGACGGUGGACAUCAAGAACUUCAAGGCUUUGUGGAAUGAAGAAGUCUAUCAGAACAGGGAGAGGUGGAAAGCCCAGGCUGCUAAAGAGGCGGAGGAGAGAGCUAAAAGGGAAGCAGAGGAGCAAGCCCAGCAGGAAGAGGCUAUGGAGCCUCAGGAGGGCCACACAGAACCAGAACAGCCUGAACCAAAGGAGGACAAACUGGAGGGGGAGGUAGCAGAGUCAGCAGAGGUCAGCAGACCAUCAGAUGGUAACACAGGGGAAACAGAACAGGGAGCACAGCCUGGGAGCAGCACACACAAGAAUUCUCCGCUGCAUAACGGAGAGUUGUCUGAAGGGGCUGAAUCUCCAGAGGGUGAAGAGAACAAGAACAAAGGAGUCGAUGCAGAGGUAGCGAUGGAAUAAGUGAGCCUUGGAUUAUCACGGCCACACCGUUGCAUCUUUGCUGCUGUCGACCUGACCCUACUUUUAAAACUCGACUGGGGGAACUCACUCAGAUUCACGUCUGAGGAAAGGCCAUUAGUUGCAUUGUAUCGCCCUCUACAGGACACCAGGAAACUCACACCCUCACUUAUGAUCAACUGUUUUUGCUUUUACCUUGUUUAUGCUCCCACGCUCUUGUAUGCAGAGUUUGCGGCUCUACCCAUGUGCAUUAUUCCUCCCUCCCUGCUUAUUGAUGAGGACAGUACAGAAGACUGAAUGACUCUGACGAUGGUGAGGUUAAGAGGAGCCUUUGAAAGACUGACACUGAUAAUAUUGCUUUUCUAUUUUUAAGUUUGCCAAUCUUUCACUUAACGCAAACACAGACAUGGUAACAUGUAGCCAUUGUAUAAGUCCCACCUUUUACAGCUGCUUUUUUUUUCUCUGUCGGCACUCGUUUGUUAGAUUUUGGAAUCAUAAUGUAAAGUCUGGUUUAAAGUUUGUUUAGAAACGUAGGGUCUGUUUCAGUAAUUUGUUUUAGUCCUUGACAAUAAUACAAAAGUUUUUUUGCGGGACAUGCAGAGUAAAUGCACUUGAAGAGGGACUUUUACAACAGCUACGCGGUAUGUACAGUAUAUGAGUGUGUGUACAGUACACUGAGGUAAAAUUCACACAUCUACAACACUACUAUUUUACUAGCAGGUACUCCUAAAACAAACCCAUUCUAUGUAGAAAACCUGUGCUUAAAGAGCACCUGAUGGGAGUGUCAUAAGUUGUGUGGCUACAAAAACCAUUUUUUUCCACCGAUUGUGGCUCAUUUUUCACCCUCAACAUGUUUACUUUGUUAGUGCUUUCCUCAGACAUUGUGCUAUUCUAAUGCGUUUGUGUUCUUUACAGCCAGGUUUAUAUUGGGUUUUUUUGUGUGUGUUUGUCCUCUCCACUGUAUAUAUUGAAAGUCUGUACAUGUAUGGAUCUGCGGACGAGUAGAAAUCCUAUGAUUCCACAAUCCAAAAAUGAAUAUUUUUUUUGGAUAUAAUGCAAAAUAUUGUAGUGAAAAAUGUCCAAAAAUUAGAAUGCAACCUUUGCAUUUCAGACAUAUCACACACAAAUGCAUUUAAGUUUUUGUCAUAUAUGAAGUCUUUUUGUUUACCUUUUUUUUUCUCUUUGAAACGUUUGUUUUGCAUUUGUUCUGUAUGAAUCAUGUACUAGAUGUGUCUAAUAUUCUCACACUGUAUGUCAUUUCUUCGUCUAAAGACUUCUCGAUGCCUUCUUAUGUGUAUGGAAGCUGUAGCAAAAAGUCAACAUUGUCGCUGAGUUAUAUACGUACGUUAUUUUAUUUUGCAGUACAGUUAUAUUACAGCAGCUUCACCUUCUAGGUUGUUGGUGUAAUGUUUAAUCGACGUGUUUACAGUGUGCUUGUACACCUAUUAGCCAGCUGAAUCCAUCAUCGCUUUUGUGAUGCAUCCAAGGCUAUGAGUCCAAACUGUAACUGCUUCUUGGUUGUUUGCCAGGUUUUUAAGGCUUGUAAUGUUGUGUAUAGAACAUGCAAAUAUUGCUUACUGUGCAUAUGUAACAUAUUGAACCCCUGCAGCGCUGGUUCAGCUUUUACUAUAUACUUAAUAUGUGCAAGUGGAAGAAAGGAAAACAAGCAUUUUGGCAGUAUUUGCAUAAUGAUCGGUAUGUUUUCCCUAAAAUUGUGCACUUUUAUUUGGUUGAAAUUCCCUCAAUUAAUUGUGCCAAGACCAUGUUCUUGGUAUACUCUAAUCUUAUUUUAAAGUAUACAGUACAUGUGUAUACUGCUACAUAUUCUAAUAUGUAUAGUAUAUAUGGGGAUCAAAAAGGGUGAAUGACUUAACACCUAAAACUUUAUAUAAAACUGUAGGAACUAUGAAUUCUUUUUUAGCCUCUUUGUUUUAAUACACUUUCCCCGUUUUUAUAUUAUAACAGGAACAUUAGUAUCGUGCUGGGACAUAGCAGUUUGUCAUGCAAUGCUACUUUCUACCUAAAAAAUACAGUCAGUGGUUUGCAAGCCAGCUGGCUGAAUGUGUGCCUAUAUAUGUACUCUCCAUUUCACACCUUCCACCUGUAGGACACUGAAUUUUGUGAUGUCAUUUGAAUCUGUGCUGAUCCAGGUACAGUCAAACAAACCAGUUAAUAUCUUCCUUCAAUAUUACACACAAGAGGAGUCUUGAGUAAAGACUUUUUAUUUUAGACACUGUAGGAAAAUUGUAAAGUCAGCAGUUUGAUGUUGCAGAAGUAUAGUAUUUAUAAUGGUAUAUUUUAUGGUAUAUUCUGCUCUUUUUCAUUUAGAAAAAAAGAUCUAUUUUUUAGCUGUUAGUGCUGUAUAGUGUAUGUUUUUUUUUUUGUUUGUUUGUUUUACUGUACUGUUUUUCCUUUUUUUGACGCAGAAGAUGGAUUGUCAAAAUGUACGUCUUCACUUUGUCUCUCCUCUGUGUGUCUGUUCGAUAUGUUUUACUCCACCAGCUCUGAAGUCAGAAAAAUUAAAGUGGCUCAAAACUCUAAUUGUAAAUUUAAAGUGUAACAAUCAUAGCAAAUUACAUUAGUAGAACAAAAAACAAAACUUAUUGCAUCCUCAAAAUAGCCUGCCCGAUACUUGGUAAAGCAGAAUCUAUUUUCUGUACCAAGGAACCAACACAUGUACAGUCUUGUAGUUUGCUCUAUCUUUCACUUGCUACUGUGAUAGCCUACUGUAUAAAUAUUUAACAGGAAUUUAUACCGACCAUAAUCAGAAACAUAGCUGUAUUUAUGACAUGUAAAGACUUCUAAACGUGGUGUUUUGUAACGGUUACUAUGGAACAGAUUAUUUGUUGUUUGUUUAAUGCUUUGUUUCCUUGUUUAGUCUGAAUCACUCUGUAGUGACUGAUCUCAACCUGUUCUAGUCACUGAGGUUAGAUGCAUGUAACGCGAGAGUGUGUGAGGGAGUGUGUGAAACUGCCGAAAAAUACCCAAUGUGCAUUUCUGAUCUCCUCACUGUGACCUGCUCUGUCGUUGAGAGUGUGAUGAGAUGAGCGUGUGUGCGUGUGUGUGUGUGUGUGUGUGUGAGAGAGAGAGAGAGAGAUAAAUGAAAAGGGAUGCAGUGGACUGUAUGAAGCUGGGUAAACAAUUCUCACCACCAACAAAAAUUUGAAAAUACAUCUUAGAUUUUUUUCCACUUUAAACAUCUACUUCUCACAUGUUUUAUCAAAUUGUAAACUGUUCUGCUGCCCAGCAGGGUGGAUGAGAAAAAACAAUGAGUUGGACAAAUUAGUUAACAGUAGUAAACCGCCUUAGGUCUACCCUCUGCUACGUCCUUGAUAAGACAGAAUGACUAAGAGUGAAUGCGUGUGUGCGUAUGCAUGUAUGUGCAUGCAUGUGUGUGUCACUGUCCCAUGCCGGCCAGGCGGCCGCGUGUGCCACCAUGCUCUGUGACUGCACAGUCGUAUCAAUAAAUCUGGACUCA